AAGUACCUAACUAUGUUGGCGACAUCAACAUGUCGUAUUUGAACUCUGGCGAACUGAUGAUAAGGAGGUGCAUGACUUUUAAAUAGACCUUACUGCAUACGAAAUGCAAUUAGCAAUAAGGCGGGCUGUUAUUCGCUUUGCAAUGUGUGAUAUAAGGAUGCCAUGGUUACAGCAUGGCCGGAGCUUCAUAGCGUCGCGGCGGCGGCGGUGGCGACGCGGCGGCAUGUGUUUGUUAAUAAGUGUGAACUAUAGCAGACUAUAGAGAGCCCAGUGUGUGGGGACCGGGCCGGCGCGGCGGCGCGUAUUAGAGCUCAUUAGUCGUGAUCAGCAGCGGCGAUGACGGAUGACUCGCGACUCCUGGCGUGUGGGCGGCGCUCUCCGCUGCCAAAAUCUGCACUUUCCUUCGACUUUCUCUCGGAGGUGCGAAAGGUGGCGUUCGCAGUACACAAACGCUUAUUCGGUAGCGAACCCGGCAUUAGUGUGCGCGCGUAACGGGUGCACCGCGAUAUUCAAAGCACCUGCAUGUUGCGGCGGGUUAUAAGCUGCAGCUCUUGUCGAGGCGGCCAGUGCGGUGGGUGAUGUGCAGAGAUGUGGCUACUAGUGGUGUGUGCGGUGCUGGGCGGCGCGGCGGCGGCGCGGCUGCGGGAGGAUCAAGGCCGGUGGUGGUCGGAGGCAGGGCCGGACUCGGAGCGCCAGGUCGUGUACCUGCCGGCGCUGCUGCCGCGCGAGGCGCAGUCCGCCAGCGGCCGCCAGGAGGACGUGCCCUUCAAGUACCAGUUCGACGCGUUUGGACGGAGCUUCGACCUUCAGCUGGUGCCGAACCGCCGUCUCCUGUCACCUCACUUCCGCGUGUGGGGCUCCGAGGGGGCGGAGACUGCGGAUGACACCCCCGCGUGCCACUACCUGCACGCCGGCCCUGGCGCCGUCGCCGCGUUGUCUGCUUGCCGGAGUCAUGCACUUCACGGCCUCAUAGUAGUAGACAACUCCACGUAUGAAGUGCGCCCCCUAGACGCAGGCAUGGGCCGGUCGGAGGAGGGCGGUCGCACCCCGCACGUGAUCCGCCGCGCCCCCCCGCCCCGCUUCACUCGCGACGACACCCGCCCCCUGCGCCCGCGCCCCCGGAGACCACGCAACUCCAAGCAUAAACCUGGCCCGCCCAAUUAUACUAUAGAGAUAGCUCUGUUCGUCGAUGAAGCUGCUUAUAAGAUCUUCAACCCGUAUUUCAAUUAUAACGAGGCUGAUUUGAGAGAUAUGCUGCUGGCGUAUAUUAAUGGGGUGCAAGCGCUGUACCACCACGAGUCUCUCGGCACCCGCAUCCAGCUCUCUCUGGUCCGGCUGACGCUGCUGAGGACUCAGCCGGCCUCCUUGACAGCCAACGCUGAGCGGGGCCGCUUGUUGGACUCCUUCUGUGCGUACCAGAGGGCUUUGAACGUGGAUGAUGAUGAGGAUCCUGAACAUUGGGACAUGGCUUUGUUGCUGUCGGGGCUAGACUUCUACUCCGAAGAGAACGGGCGCCGCAACGGCGUGACCAUGGGCCUGGCGCCCGUGGGCGGCGUGUGCCUGCCCGCGCACGCGUGCGUGGUGGCCGAGCUGGGCGCCGCCGACGCGCUGGGCCGCCCCUACCCGUCCGCCGGGUUCACCUCCGUCUACAUACUGGCGCACGAGAUUGGACACAACCUGGGCAUGCACCACGACGGCACCGGAAACGGCUGCGCGCGCGACGGCUACAUCAUGUCGCCCUCUCGAGGGACGCGCGGCGAGGCGGCCUGGUCGCCGUGCAGCAAGCGCCUCGUCGCAGAACUAGAAUGGGCCACCUGUCUGCAAGAUGGAGGUGAUGAUCUAGACACUCCACCCGAACUCCAACAUGAGCGGUUCGGAGACGCUCCAGGGAAUGUUUGGAAUGCAAAGAAGCAAUGCGAGUUCCUCCUCCGUGACGUGGACGCGUCCCCGACGCCGCCGGCGCCGUCGCCCGAGCACUGCGAGCAGCUGGCCUGCCGCUCGCCGCACCGCGCCGGCUUCUACUACGCCGGCCCUGCAUUGCCCGGCACGCCCUGCGGACCUGCUAUGUCAUGCUACGGCGGCGACUGCAUCCCGUCAGGCGAAGUGUUCAACUCGUCCACGACACCCCCCGCCCCCUCCCCCGCCCCGGCCACCCCCUGGUCGCCCUGGCAGGAGGGGCAGUGCCAGUCCGGCUGCACGGCCCGGUCCAAGGGCUACCGGGAGCGGCGGCGGCAGUGCCUCGCCCAGGACUGUGAGGGAACGGGGUAUGACGUCGCGCUGUGUGAUGAUACUAAGGUGUGCGGCAAGAAGCGUCGCGUUGCCGCGGGGGCGGUGGCGGCGCGGCGGUGCGCGCAGUACGCGGCGCGCGUGCCGGCGCUCGACCCGCGCGGCGGCGGCGUGCAGGCGCCCCACGACCCCACUCGCAUGUGGAUGGGCUGCGCCAUCUUCUGCCGCCGCCUCUCCAGCGGAGGGUACUACGCGCCGCGAGUGGAGCUGAACGACGCCGGCCUCGACCCGUACUUCCCGGACGGCACCUGGUGCCACCACGACGGCGAGACCCACUACUACUGUCUGCAGCAUCACUGCUUGCCUGAGAACUUCAAGAUGACGGCCGAGUGGCACGUGUGGGAGCUGCCCAGCGAGGACCUGGCGGGGUCGUUCAACGCGCGAGCCCGAGCCGUCGACGAGCCCGCCGACGACGCGCUGCGGAGGUACCUGUCGCUGGAUGACGACGGCGUGCCAUUGGCCAGGUCAGCGUUUCCGCCGGUGAUCCCUGACGAGCCUGAGGAAUACUGGGAAGUGGAUGACUACGUCGAUAUACCAUCAGCCAAGAGGGCCCACGCCUGAACAUUCUACAAAGGUACUAGAAAGUCUUUUCCAGGACACCUAGCGAUACUGAUCACUUUCAGCUGGUGUACGAAAAAUUUAUUGAGUUUUUAUGACUCUUAAAACUACUUAAACUUAUACCUACUACUUCGAUGCCUACUUAUAGAGUAUUUUUACAAUAGAUAAUUCGUCCAUUGACAUUAUUUACUGAAACUAAGUUACAGAAUGUGAAAAGUUAUGUGUUGCCUGAAAAGUGCCUUAGAAAUUAUUAAUUAGCAUUUAAGUCUAAUGGUUAGGUAUUUUGUUGAGUUUAAGUUUAUCUUGCCAAAACUAUUCAUAGUUUAAAAUAAAACACGAAUGUUUGUACAACAAGGUGUGAUAGUCAUGGUACGAUCAUUUCGUUAUCAUUAGCCAACAUAAUUAGAUUAAUAAGUACAAGUCUGUAGGUUUGUGCUUUUCAUACCAACGUCGAGUCGGACUCACGACUGUUCACACAGAUAACCUAAAGUUUGCAUUUAUUAGAUAAUAAUGUUAUAAUACUUACAUACAGCCGUAGUAUUACUUGCCCAGUAUUAUUUUACAAUAUUUUUAUUUAUAGUUUAAGUUUAGUUACUCUAUCGAACAUUAAUCAUAUAAGGUAAAAAACGGGUUAUUUCAUCAUUUAAAAGGCGAUCCUUUACUAUCUUUUUAUAUCAUGCUGUCCACUUGGUAGUGGUACCUCACACCUCACCUACACC